AGAUGGAUCACGAUGAGGUAUUUGAGUUUGGCGCUGAAAAUAAGCGCCACAUGAAAAGAUACCUUUAAGCUCUGAGUAUACUGCGUACUGGAUACUGGUUCUGGAUGGUAUGUUGCUGAUGAAAAUGGCUAAUUGUCAGGGCAGUUGGUGCAGCAGGAUAAGAAAUUUAGUGUACAAAUCGCUUAACAAAUUCCCAUGGUAAAAAUAUUAAAGCCCAAAUACAAAGGGGCAACGUGAAGUAACGGGGACCGAAGUUAUGGCUUCUGGUACAUCAUCCCUGGAUAGUGCUGGAAGUAGCGAUGGGGUCUUUAAUAUGGAACGGGACAGUGGAGGCUAUGGCAGUGUUGGAAGUCCAGUAGGAGGUCCUGAAUGUCGUAGUGAUUACGACGGAUUACAGGCACAAUGUGAUCAAGCCAUGCACGAACUCCAGUUCCUUAGACACAAGCACUCAGAUACAGUUAGACGGAAUGAGCAUACUAUGAAGGAAUUGGAAUAUUAUCGAGGACAACAUAUUGCAGCAAUGAAUCAGCUGGAAGCAGCCUCACAAGAAACUUCAGCCCUUCGGGGUAAAUAUAGUGAUCUGAUCAAUGAUAAACAACGACUUGAUCGUGAAGUCCAGGCACUACAGAAAGAAGUUACAGAAUUGAGGUGCCAAAAUCAAGAAUGUCUUGUUGUAGAUUCUGGAAACAGUGAUGCCAUUAAUCAGCAUUAUGUAUCUUUAUUAAGAAAGUAUGAAGCUUUAAAAGAUGAUUAUGAGUCUUUAAGAAAACGACAUGAAGAUCUUUUAUCCGCACAUUCAUCUCUCAAAAAUAAGUUGGAAUUAGCAGAAAAAGAAGCAGCGAGGUGGAAAAAAGAUCAUGAUGAUGUAAUUCAAGAACGCAAUAAUGCAUUUAGAGAAAGAAAUGGAUUGAAACAACAAUGUACUGCGGCAAUCAGACAGUGGGAUAUUGCAUUACGUGAAAGAAAUGAGUACCGCGAAGCCUUGGCAAAACUUCAACAGCAACAUGAAGAAGCUGUGAAAGAAGUAAACCAAGGCAUGAUUCUUCGUACUAAAGUUAGUAAAGAUAUAAAACGAUUAACAGAAGAGAGAAAUGCAACUUUACAAGAGUAUCGACUGAUAAUGGGCGAACGGGAUACUGUUCACAAAGAAAUGGAAAAGCUUGGAGAUGAUUUGACAAAAGCUUAUGAAAAAAUUGCCAAGUUAGAAAAUCAAAAUAAGCAGCAUGUUGAUGAGAAAAAAACACUUUCAUAUCAAAUUGAGACUCUAAGAAGAGAGAUAUCAUCGGCUCUGCACGAUCGUGACGAAACUCUUAAAGAAUGUAACGAGUUAAGACUUAAGUUUGGUGAUUAUUCUGAAGGUUCAAGUAGAAAUUACAAAAAUCGAUUGGAGCUUCAUUCUUAUAAUCGUGAACGAGACAAUUCAAAUAAAGAAAUUGAGAGAGAAACAAUUACGCGAGACUAUGCCAAACGUGAAAAAGAACAAAUGGAUAAUUUAGAUCAGGCUAAUUUAGAAUUAGAUAAAUUAAGAAAAUCAGUGGAUACUUUACAAACAGAAUUGGAAGAGGCAUUACAAGAAGCUGAGGUAUCAAAACGAAGACGUGAUUGGGCAUUCAGUGAAAGAGAUAAAAUAGUAUUAGAACGCGAGAGUAUGCGAACUCUUUGUGAAACAUUGAGAGCAGAAAGAGAUCGAGCUGUUUCUGAGCUUGCUGGUGCUCUUCGUGACUCGGACGAUAUAAAAAAACAGCGAAAUGAAGCAUCAAGAGAACUCAAAGAUCUUAAAGAAAAAAUAGAAAGCGGGGAUCACUCGUUACGAUCAACUCAAUAUCACGAUGAUAACGACAUGAUUGAGUGGGACAUUAUUACUAUUCCCCUUGACUUUGGUAGAGUUUGUCAAGACAAUGACAGAGAUUUAGGUUUUGUUCUCGCUGGUGGUCGAGAUGAUCCUCACUAUCCCAAUGAUACGGGUGUUUACGUCGCUCAAGUAACUAAAGGAAGUGUUGUAGAUGGAAAAUUAAAAGUUGAUGAUUGUAUUAUUCGUGUUAAUAACGUUGAUUGUUCGACUGGAUCAACGAGAAUGAUUUUAGAGAAUUUACGAGAUUUUACAGUCGGAUCAAAAGUUACAUUAACAGUUAGAAGAAGAAGAUCUACUCGUCGAUCAUUAAGAACAAUUCAAUUACCAAUUGGUCCUGUCCCUCAUGGCAUAGCUUUGGAACUUGGAAUUUAUAUUGCUAAAAUUUCUCCAGGCAGUUUGGCUGCUAAAGAUGGAAAUUUAGCUGUUGGAGACAGAGUUUUAAAUAUUAACAGUAAACCAAUGGAGGGUGUAACUUCAACUCACGAGGCUAUGUCUAUUUUAAAUGACACGACAGUUGACGUAUUGACUAUUACAACCUUGAAAGGAAUAGCCUUGUCAUCAAUAUUAAGUACCGAGACAAUAGAUACAAGUUUUGGUUCUGAUAAACAAAAAAUGGUUAAUAAUUGUUCACAAACAGAACAAGAGAGAAUGAUGCUAAAGGCAACCUCAGAUGAUUAUGAAAGACGUUAUAUUGCAUCUAAUUUUGGUGAUAGAAGUAUUUAUAAAGUUUCAAAAUCAGUAAGUAGUGAAAAAUCUAGUGGAAUAAGUAAUGCUUGGGGUAAUUUUCGUGAAAAAAUUGAUAUUGUUACUGGUAGAAGACACAGUAAAGACAGAGAUGAUAAGAAAAAGCGUCAUAGAAAUUCAAGUCCAAAUACUUUUGAACAAGAGCAGGAUGCGAUCGCUGAAUUAGAUUCUGUUAUCGAGAGUCAUUAUAAGAAAACAAAUAACGGUGUAUUUAAAAGAAGCAAACGACGAGGAACUGAAAAAAUAGAGAAGAAUGGAGGCACAUGGCCAAAAGCACGUGGUGGACCUUUGAUCCAAAAUGGUACGGGGACGAUUCUUCAACCCAGAAAAACAAAAGAACGACUUCCAUUAAGUGUACUUUUAAAUCAGCCGCCAAAAUAUGAGAGCUUCAAUUACAAUCGUAUAUCUAAUCCUGUUCCGUUGUCGACAUUUCCAAACGUAAGCAAUCGUCAUACAGUUUAUAAAGCCGUAGAAUAUCCAAUUCCGAACUUCAGUAAAUCUGGUCAACUGUUUGGACAGAAAUCCUUUUCUCCUGCGGUCCAGUUCAAGGAUAUAUCGCUGGACAACAAGAAGCCUUUGACGGAGUUCGAGACAACAGAGAGUCGGCUCAGCUCGUCGCAUGCACCUUCUGAGACAAGUAUAGAUUUUUCAGUAAAAUCCACAGGUCGAGAGCCGGAUUAUGGUCAUGCAAAGCGACGCACACAAAAGCCAUAUACUUCUUCCGGUAGUCAUGAAAACCAACCAGAUGGACUUCAACACAACCGCGUUCACUCUCAACUGUACCCUCUGGUGACUACCUCUGGAUCAUCGUCAAGUGUGCCAAGACAGCAACUCGCUGGUAAUUUCUCGUUUCCCCCAUAUGCUCACUCACAUCCACACCCACACCAGCAGAAUUCUUUGCCGUCUCGUUACCCCUCACCGCCGUCCUUGCCUUCCUCCCAAUCUGGAGAGUUCAUUGGACUCCCGGAUGCCCGAUCUUUUUGUUUCGAGCCACCUUAUAGUCCUGGACAACCAGGAUUUGGUCAUUUGCACACUCCCUCUGUAGACUUGCACUAUCACAAAUCUCGAGGUCAUCCUGCAGGCAUUACCUAUGAAUUAUCAACGUAUACUCAUGGUUAUGAAGGAGGAACUUUUCCGAGGAAAAAAGAAAAUCAGAGAUUUAGGAUACCAUCAAAUCCUAGCGUAACGUCGAAAAGUAGCGUUGGAAAAUUAUCUACGGGUAGUAUUGAAAGAACAUCCGAAAGAGGCAGUCCUAUGCCGACAUUUCAUGUCGAGGUUUUGAGUCCUGGUAUCGGUGGAGGUAACAAUGGAGGAGGAACAGUACGAGGAAGUUCAAAUAUUAAACGGGCUAGUAUGCCUGAUUAUUACACUCAGCCACGGCCAGCACCGGGAGAAUUGCGGCGGGUCCAUAUUGAUAAGUCUGUUGAGCCUCUUGGAAUUCAGAUUUCGUGUUUAGACAGUGGGGGUGUAUUUGUUUCUACUGUUAGUGAACAUAGUCUAGCUUCACAAGUUGGACUACAAAUUGGAGAUCAACUUCUUGAGGUUUGCGGUAUCAAUAUGAGGAGCGCUACUUAUGAAUUAGCUGCACAUGUACUCAGACAGUGUGGUAAUUCUAUUACUAUGCUGGUCCAGUAUAGUCCAGAUAAAUACAAUGAGCUCGAAGGUUCAGGUUCUUCAAGUUCUUCGGAAGCAGGUGGAGAAGAAGGUGCCAGUCGCAGUGGAUCACCAACUCCUUGCAAUAGUCCAGAGGCACCGCGUAAAUCAGCUCUAGAAACUCACGAAUCAAAAGAAAUUGAACGUGACAAAUUAAAUACUUUGAUGCCACCAUCACGAGACCGGGAAGUUAGAAGUUCAGCUUCAAUGGAAGUUCGUGGUACUCAAGAACGUGAACGUGAAAUUCGACAAUCAGCAUCUUUAGACAUAAAUAUAAGAAAACCAGAGUUGCGUAAUUCAGCGACAAUUGAUUCUUUACGUAGCGCUGGCAAUACUUUAACUCGAGCUCAAAUAAAUCAAGCAGUAACAACAUUGCAACGACAAAAUGCAACAGUACGAAGUCCAACGCAAGAAGAACAAAAUCGAAAAAGUCCACCUACUAUUGAACCUCGUUAUUUAUUUAUAGAAACACGUAAAUGUUCAAAUCUUGGAAUUUCAUUAGUUGGUGGUAAUGGUGUUGGUAUCUUUGUUCAUUCAGUUCAACCAGGUUGUCUCGCUGAAGAUGCUGGACUAAGAACAGGCGAUAGAAUUCUAGAAUACAAUGGUGUUGAUUUACGACAGGCAACUGCGGAACAAGCAGCUCUUGAAUUGGCACGUCCAGCUGAUAAAGUCACUCUUGUUGCUCAGUACAUGCCGGAAAGGUAUAACGAAGUUAAAGACAAACCCGGAGAUAGUUUUUAUGUCAAGGCAAUGUUUGAUCGGGUAGGCGAAGUGGGUGACAGUUUACAGCUACGAUUUAAUAAAGAUGAUAUUCUAUAUGUAGAUAACACAAUGUUUAAUGGAACUCCGGGGCACUGGAGAGCUUGGCUUGUCGAUAAGUCUGGUAGAAGACAGCAGUGUGGAAUUAUACCUAGUAAAUUUAAAAUCGAAGAAGAAUUAUUAUUGAGACGAUCGCUUGGUGAUUUAGAAACCGAUACCGGAAGGCGGGGUACUACAAGUGCAAGAAGAAGCUUUUUUAGACGAAAGAAACAUCAUAGAUCCUCAAGUAGAGAUAGUAAAGAGCUCUCCCAGCUUACUGGAGUUAAUCUUGGAUGGUACAGUGACAGUGGAACUUUGAAUGAAGAAAAUUUACCUGCUAGUUAUCAACGUGUUGAGAGAUUAGAUUAUCCAACCUUGAGACCUGUAUUGAUUAUUGGCCCAUUAAAUGAAUGCGUGACGACAAAAUUACUUCAAGAAUUUCCUGGAGAAUUUAUUCGAUGCAUACCAGAAGCGAUGCAUUGCUCUCAAGCUACACUUGAACAGGGAUUACGAGAUUCUCAUUAUGUAGAUUACAGAAAAAAAGGAAGUUAUUUUGAGUGUACAACUGUAGAGGCUGUAAAAGAAAUAUGUGUCAAGAAUUCACACUGUAUUCUCGAUAUAUCUAUCGCCUCAUUAGAACGUCUCCAUAGGCAUCAAAUUUAUCCAAUAGUUUUGUUAAUAAAAUUCAAAAGUACAAAACAAAUAAAAGAAGUGAAAGAUUCGAGAUAUCCUAGUGAUAAAGUAAGCGCCAAAGCAGCAAAGGAAAUGCAUGAGCAUGCUCUUAAAUUAGAGGCUGAAUAUCGUCAUUAUAUUUCUGCUAUUAUUCCUGCUGGUGUAAAUAUAGCGUAUAUAUGUACGCAAGUGAAAGCCGCUGUCGAUGAAGAGCAAAGUAAAGCACUUUGGGUACCUCGUGGGCAAACCUGACAUCAAAGGGGGCCCCACAAACCACAGUGGAAGUCAAUCUAAAUCCACCGGGGGCCCCCAUGUCUGGCACAUAUCAUGCAAGAGAAACAUUUCAUUUUAUUUUUACUGCGUCAACUUACUCGAUGUUAUUGUUUCUCAUAUUAUUUAUUCACGGUUUCCUAUCAGUUGUGAUGCUAAUUUUACCAGAGUUUUAUUACUUAAUGUUAUUAAAUUUAUUUUUCUGAUUUUAUCUUACCAUGUUCUGUAAAUUUUUUUUAUCAAGUCCCACAUAUUGAUAUUUUUGUUGGAAAUAAUUUUGAUAGAAUGAAACUUAAGAUAGUAUUGAAAUGACUGCCAGUUGUAUUCAAUAAUUGUUUUUUUUUUAAUAUAUAUAUAUAUUGAAUUGGAAGAUAGAUAACGUAUAGAAAAGGUGAGAUAAUUAUCCAUGGAACCGUUGAAAAAUAAUAGUCUAAGGCCCGGGCUUGAGUUAAUUUUUUUUCUCAUUGGUGGAUUUUAAAAAAGACUUUUAUUAUUAUUAUUUUUAUUAAUAUUAUUAUUAUUGUUAUUAAUAUUAUUGUAAUAGAUAUAAUUAAUGGAAUUGAUAUAUAAACUCGCGUAUAUUAUUCGUGAAAUUAAAUAAGAGAAUUGUAAAUAUCUUAGCUUUUUUUAUAAAUAUACUUUUUGAAAACUGUCUUAAGUUUAAAAUUUAAGAAUUAUUGUUAUAAAUUUAAAUGCAAAUGAAUUCUACAAAUUAAGAAAAAAAAAAAAUACAAACAUGGGAUCAACGUAAACAGGGUUUUUCCUCAAGUUAUUAUUGAAUUAUAAUUAAAUAAGAUGUAUGUCGUAUGCAAUAAUUCAUUACACGCAUUAAAAACGACUGCAAAUUAAAUACAUUUCAGUUAAACUGACUCUCUAUUGUCAUUUAUAUUUAUUGUUACAUUUUAAACAAUAAGAGUCAUCCAUGUUUUCAAUUACAUUUCGUCAUAUCAUCUAUUUUAAAGGAAAAAAAAUAAAUUUUUUUUUUUUAAAUAUUAAAAGGCAACAAAAUUUUGCUAAUCAGUUAUUAAAAUUAUUUCGUUAUCGUAUAAGGAAUGAUAAUAUGGAAAAAAAACUUUUUUAGUUUUUUAAUAGGAGACAAUAUUUAAAUAUAGGUUAAAUAAUUAAGACCAAAAAUUAAAGGAAUACUUAUACGAUUAUACAGUGAUUUAAAAGUAUUAAUUUAAUUGUUAGAUAUGGAUACAAAACAUAUUGACAGUAUUUUGAUGAUUACAAGUUAAAUUACAACAAAAGAAUAAAACGUGAUAAUAAAUGUAUUCGUUACAAAAUUUUUUAAUUAUUUAGGUGUAAUAAUUAAACUAACAAUAUCAUUUUAAAACGAGAUUGAAUUUAAAAUAAAAUAAUGUUUCUAACUAACACAGGAAAUAAAGUGAUACCGAUAUUAUUCUUAAUCACAUGUACUGUGAUACAUAUUAAACGUUUUUACAUUAUACACUGUAAAAAAUUCCGAGUCUGCGGUGUCGUGUGAAUGAUUUGGUGUGAAAAUUUUCAACACCGCCGAUCUUCAAACGAUUACACCACAACUUAUGUUACUAAAAUAGUUAAUUAAUCAGCUUAGAACCAUAAAAUACAUUAUUCCAUACAUCAAUGGCAAAAGUUUAUAAUAUAUUAUUAGUUUAUAAUUAAUUUAGAUUUGAUUAAUGAAUACGAUGUUACUUGAAAUGAGUAAUUUUUUAAAUUGAAAAUAUUUGACAUUAUAUUUUUUAAUCGGUUCAGUUAUUAAUUGUACUUUUUAAAAAUCAUCAGUAAGAAAGUUAGUUGAUCAUUUUUAAAGUUAAAGUUAAAUUAAUUAAUUUAAAUAUUAAAAACAGUUAUUAGGUCAUUUUUAACUACUGAUCAUGUGAUCGGACAAUAUAUGAGCUUUGAGCUUAUAACAAUGAACGGCGUAGAAGAUAACACUCACACCGUGUUAAUAAUAAACCGUUUGAUGUUUCACACCGUCAAUUCACACCGAGGACACCACACGGAGAAAUUAUUUUUGUUUUAAAUACUGUGGUGUCGUUGUAAAGCCGCUCUAUGUUGGCCAUCUGACGGAAAUUUAACUAAACAUCGAAAAAUUACAAGGACCAUAGUAAAAUUUCUAAUGGUUAUUGUAACUUGUGAUGUAAUCAUUGUAAAUUUUACUAUGGCCAUAGUAAUUUUUCCAUGUUUAGUUAAAUUUCCGUCAGGUGGCCAACAUAGACCGGUUUUACUAUGACCUCGCGCGAAAAAAUAGUAUAUAUCCGGCUUAUAUCUUUAGUAUUGUCGUAUGUAUGCUAUUUUGCCGGUAUAUAUUUCCGGAUAUACAUUGUUUCGUAUGUGUCCCAUAGUAUUUCAAGCAAGAAUAAUUUCUUUAUGUAUGGUGUUAUAGUAAAACCGGUCUAUGUUGGCCACCUGGCGAAAAUUUAAAUAAACAUGCAAAAAUUUCUAUGACCGUAGUAAAAUUUCCAAUAGUUACAGUAAUUUGUAAUAUAGGAUAGAAGUACCGUUUGUGACCACUGCUCCAUUUUUGGCCAUUUAAUACUUUAUUUUAAUUAAUGAAAAAGUAUAAAAGAACCCUGAUUAAACAACUGAAUUCGACCGAAUUAAAAAUUUUAAUUCUGUUAUAUUCUGUCGAAUUCUGCAAAACAGAAUUCAACUGAAUUGAAAAUUUGAAUUUGAAUUAAACAGAAUAAAACCGAUUAAAAAAUUUCAAAUUCGUUUUAAUUCAGUUUAAUUCGGAUUCAGAACCAGAAAUUAGAGAAUUAUUUUUUAAUUAAUGAGAAUUAAACCGAAUAGAAUUAUUUAAAUUCGUUUUAAUUUGGACAAAUUCUGGUUUUCCUGCCGAAUUAGACAGAAUUCAUUUUUAAGUUAGGUACCGAAUUAACAGAAUUUAUCUGAAUUAAAUAGAAUUAAAAAUUUAAUUCUGUUUAAUUCGAUCGAAUUCAGUUGUUUAAUCAGGGAAGUUACUAUUUUGACAGUGAGAUAAAAGUAUCUUCUUACACACUUGAAAAAGUUAAUCAUGUCACUGCGAAUUUCACAAAUUAUUUUAUUUUAAUUUUUCAAGUGUCCAAAACUAGCACUAAAGUGACCAAAGACGGCACCUCUAUCCUAAUCGUUGUUAAUUUUACUAUGGCCAUAGUAAUUUUUCCAUGUGUUUAUUAAAAUUUCCGUUAGGUGGCCAACAUGGUCCGGCUUAACUAUGAGACCAUAGCAAAAAUUUUUUACAGUGUAUUGUCGGAUAAGUUUAAUCCAUUGAAACUACUUGACAUAUUAACUUGAUAUAUUUAUUAACUAAUUAUAAACUGAAAUGCAAUAAUUAUCAUUAUCACUGCUUGUAAUUUUUGGCAAUAUGAUGGUAUAUGAGUCAUAACAAGUCAUAAAUACCUAUAAAUAUAAAUCUAUAUAUUUAUACAUGUAUAUUUAAAUAAGCACUUUGGAUAUUACAUUUAGGCACUGUUAAAUAAUACUGUUGUUUAAAUGUUAUUUUCUUAAAAAUAUUAUCAACUAGAUAAAAAUAAAUAUCUUUUUAUCUCGUUCGAUUGAAUCUAAUACAUAAUACAGUUUUGAGAUUAAUUACAUCUACUUAUAAAUUUUUAACAAUUUUACAAUGUGACAAUCGUCAAGUUAUUUAUUAAAUUAAAUACUUAUAACUCUUAAUAUUGUUAUUAAUCUGUUAUGCACUUUUUAUCUGAACAAGUGUGAUUUUUUAUUUUAUUUACAUAUCAACAGUUAAAUUAACUAAUGACAAUCGCACAUGAUUUUUAAAUAAAAAUAAAUUAAUGACACGGUUUUUACUAUAUCGCAAUUAUGGUUUCUUUAACUGAAUCAAACUAAAAAUUGUGUAUUUUUAUGGAAAAAAGUUAUCAAAUAAUUCGUCCAAAAAAAAAGUAAUUCUUGAUAUAAUGAUGUACGGAUAUUAAAUUAUAUUUCACAGACUCUUCCAAUUACAAAUCUGCUUUACACGCUGUCACAAAAACGUGUAUUUUAAAAUUAUAAAAGGCGGAGCAUAAGUAUAAUUUUUUGUUAUUGUGAUCCAGCAUCUGUACCAAGUGUUUUACCGGUAGAUCUGGGUCAGACCUGUGUCGUUAAUUGGAAUAGUUCCCCUAAUCGUAUAGGGGACUAACCAGCUGUAGAUUUUUAUAACGUAUUUAGAUUACGAAUUACGGUUGACACUCAAAAAAGAGUUUUUUUUUUU